GAUACCAAAAUUACUUGGAAUCGGACGAAAAGUAUCAAGUAUGUACUUGUAUUUUCUAGUACCGUUUUGUCCCUAAUUAUGUUAUACGAAAGGCAUAAUGCCUAAAGUGGUUUCACGCAGCAUUGUUUGCUCGGAUUCUAAGGAUCAAGAAGAAUACAAUGAAGAAAAGCCAUUAAAUAUAUAUUAUUGCCUUUGUGGAAAGUUAACUUUAAUUAUUGAUUGUAGAAUUGAUAUUUUGCCCCUGCGGCCUGUUGAUGGAGCACGAGUGAUUGAUGGAAAACAACAUGCUCAUAAGCUUGCUUUUCAUGGAGGUCAGUCCCUCUACAUAAAACGCGACAAAGGAUACGAACGGCAAUAUCGCUUAAAC